GAAUUGGACCAGUACUGCAGGCAGGCGAUCAUAGACAACAGCCGCUGGAUCAAUCAGUGGCUUGGGCGGCCUUUCGUGCUGCCGCACAUCCACGGCAACCUUGGGGAUCAAAUCCAGGGAUUUUCCGGCUUGCAAUCUCUGAGCACCUACGCAGAGGUCAAAGCCAAAGUCGCCCAAGCACAUCUCCAGGGCUGUCAGUACUGCUACACCCACAAUGGUAUGUGCUCCACAAACCGCCCAGUGCACAUCGACUUCAGCGGGCUUCCUUGUGAGGACAACAGUAGGGCCAACCACAAGCGGGCCUACUUUGAAGGUCGCUAUGGCAAGCUCUACCCAAUAUGGGCCAGGAUGCACAAGACAAGACGCACGCCGCUAGUCAUCCUGGAGAAUAGCCCCGACAUUCCGGUGGACGAGAUCAAAAACCUCUUUGCGCCCGACUACAACGUCUACCAGCUUUUCUUGGCGAAUGUUGUGAAUAUCUCUGGGAUCUUCACGAUGCAAUGGAGUUGCUCAAAGGAGGACGGCAUCCUGCCACUGCUGACAGAGCGCGAACGCUUCCUUGUUUCCCAGCUGGACACACGCUAUCGGAACCUUUACGAAAGUUCCCCAACAGAGAACGAAGACUUGUUCUAUUUCUUGGGGGACAGGUUUGAGUUCACCUGCACCUGGAGUGCCCAUUCACAGGCACUCCCUGCGUUCCGAAAGAGCAGUGCAAAGUUUCUUCACCGACCCAGCCUCACGUUCCUCACGGGACAAGAAAAGCUAGCUAGCCUGGGUUGGCCCGUAGAUCAGGGGACUGCAACCGAGAUGCACACCACCCCGCUGCCGACUUUGGAUCCGGCCAGAGCCGACCAGAUGGCAGGUAACUCGAUGCACCUUGGGUGUGCGUCGACGGUGCUGCUUUUGGGCAUGGUGUGCUUUGGUCCUCCCAAGCCAUCGAUGUACAGUUGUGUUGGCCAGGGCAGGAACUAG